UUAUCCACUUCCGGGGUGAGAGGUGUCAAGGUGUCCUCUCGUCACACACGUGGGUCACGGCUGUAAGCAUGCUGUCCUCCUUGUCUCGCUCCGUGUUCUCUGCCGCCGCCAGGGUGCUGGUCGCUCGGCCGCUGCCACUGCUGAGUAGUCGGGGCCCGGCUGUGUCCGUGUGCCGCUCUCUAUGGUUACAUGGCGGAGCAGGCAGUGUGCUCAGGCCGACCUUCCUGUACCCACAUAGAGGUUUCCCGGCUGUAUCGUGUGGAUGUGGGGGAUUACAUACUGAGGGAGACAAAGCCUUUGCAGAAUUUUUGAACGAUGAACUCAAAGAAGAGAGAAAAAUCCAGAAACACAAGAGCCUCCCCAAAAUGUCUGGUGGGUGGGAAAUUGAAGUCAAUGGAACAGAAGCCAAGUUGACCCGCAAAGUUUCUGGAGAGAAGAUUACUGUGACAUUUAAUACAAACAACAGCAUUCCACCAUCCUUCGAGGAGGAGUCUCAAGAAGGUCAAAAGGUUGAAGAGGAACCUGAACUAGUUUCCACACCUAACUUUGUUGUAGAAGUUACAAAACUUGAUAGCAGCCAGACAUUGGUUCUUGACUGCCAUUAUCCUGAAGAUGAGGUUGGACAUGGUGAAGAGGAAGAGAGUGACAUUUUCACUAUCCGAGAGGUUAGCUUCCAGCCCACCGAAGAGACAGACUGGAAAGAGAACAGCUAUACUCUCGGCACAGAUUCCCUUGAUUGGGCCCUUUAUGACCAUUUGAUGGAUUUUCUGGCAGACCGUGGCAUUGAUAACACCUUUGCUGAUGAACUUGUGGAACUCAGCACUGCUUUAGAACAUCAAGAAUAUAUCCAUUUCCUUGAGAAUCUGAAAAAGUUUGUUAAAUGCUAAAGAUGUUAGGAUUUGUUUUCUUAUGGUGUUACAUGUAUGCCAUUUUCACAGCGAAAGCGUAUACGUUCGAGGACUAGGAGAAAUUCACUUAUGUGAAGAUAGCGGUGCAGGGGUUGCCAUGGCGACUUUAUUUUUAAAGGCGCAAGCACUGUAUCCUGAUCUUGGUUUAUCCUCCUAGUGCAUUACUGAUCUGAUACAACCAUGCAUGCAGUGAAGUCUGAAAUGUGUUAAAAUCCUGCCAUUUGCGAUUGUUUCAGGUCAGUGACUGACUAGUUGGUAAAGCCUAUUUCUAGUCCCACAGGUUUCCUAUAAAAUUGUCCACCCAGCUAAAAUGUCAUGUCUAAUUAGUGUUUACCAUUUCAUUGGAUUACUUGGCAGGACAUUUCUUCUUCUGAAUGUCAUAUUAGCUGUGGAAAUUUUUUCUGUGGGUUUAUGCCUUUUUGAAAAGAUAAUUAAGUAGUCUGUAGGGAAGUGGAAAACCAUUUCACAAGUUUCAUUUAACAGCUAAAAAAAUGGUUAAGAUUACUGAUCAUGCUGAAGAAGUGUCCUGUAGAAAAUCCUACUAGUUUUUUUUUUUUUUUUUGUUUUUUUUUAAUUUAACAGUAUGUUCUGUGCACGUUUUUGAAGAGGAGUUUUCUUUAUGCCGUUUUUUUUUUCCUUUUUGUACAAGUCCCAUUAAAAUGUAACAUUCUA